AUGACACUCAACUUCGCCCGCGAGUCGAGCGAUCGACCUGCGCUCCGGCUGCCCAACCCCCCUCCUCUGCUACAUACCCGUUCGGGCAACGAGACUUUGGAUCGCCCCUCUACACCUUCUCAGAAUGGGUUUACUAGUCCUAUCCAGACGCCGCAGGGCAGUCCCAGCAAAAAUAGAUUUCCACCGGGCGCCCUAGACCUACCAAAUGUCUUCGAUAAAGCGAUGAAGCUCAACCCCACCUCGCCCAACAAGGGCACCUACGACCAUUACAGUCACCCCAUGUUUUCUCCGAAAAAAUCAGUGGAAGACUUCAGCGAGAGCGUCAUUCGACAGCCCCCAGGUAGUCCGACACGCAAAGCGAAUAAGGAGAACACACCACCGAGUCCGACGCGGGUGGGCAAAGACCUCGGUCCAAAUCCCGCUGCGGCCGCCAUCUCUCGUCACCAAACGUAUCAGCCACGCGAUGUAGAGAGCAUUCAGAGACGUCAGGUGCAGAUGAGGGGGUUGACACCAGAGGAGAUGGAGAAACUGCAGAACCCUCGGGUAAAACGAUUGGUAAACGUGACACAGCUCUAUUUUCUCGACCAUUAUUUCGACCUACUCAGUUAUGUGCACAAUCGCCAAACCCGCUACUCUCAAUUCCGAAAUGCCUACCCGGAGCCGCCCGCAACUCCCAUGGAUGACUACGAGCCGGCCCUUCUCAAAUAUUUGGGUCGGGAACGGGCCCACCUCCGCAAGCGCCGCACCCGGCUCCGCCAACACGAUUUCCAGAUCCUGACGCAGGUCGGCCAGGGUGGCUAUGGACAGGUGUAUUUGGCGCAGAAGAAGGAUACCCGGGAGGUGUGCGCAUUGAAGGUCAUGAGCAAAAAGCUACUGUUUAAGCUGGACGAGAUUCGGCAUAUUCUGACCGAGCGCGACAUCCUGACGGCCGCCAAGAGUGAAUGGCUAGUCAAGCUACUCUACGCUUUCCAGGAUGAGGACCAGAUUUACCUUGCGAUGGAGUAUGUACCCGGUGGAGAUUUCCGCACACUCCUCAACAAUACCGGAGUUCUGCACAACCGCCACGCGCGAUUCUAUAUUAGUGAGAUGUUCAGCUGCAUCGAUGCCCUGCAUGCGCUGGGGUACAUCCAUCGCGACUUGAAGCCAGAGAACUUCCUGAUCGAUUCCACGGGCCAUGUGAAGUUGACCGACUUUGGCUUGGCGGCAGGCAUGCUGAAUCCCGGCAAGAUCGAAUCCAUGCGCGUGAAGCUGGAGGAAGUGGGCAACACGCCAGUGCCAUUCGGUCGUCCAAUGGAGCAGCGCACGAUGGCCGAACGACGCCAGGGAUAUCGCACCCUCCGAGAGCGUCAAGUGAACUACGCCAAGUCCAUCGUCGGAUCACCCGAUUACAUGGCGCCGGAGGUAUUGAAGGGCGAGCAGUAUGAUUUCACAGUUGACUACUGGAGCUUGGGUUGCAUGCUGUUUGAGGCCCUGGCGGGAUACCCACCUUUUGCCGGCGCCACGGUAGAUGAGACGUGGCAGAAUCUGAAGAACUGGCAAAAGGUGCUUCGUAAACCAGUAUAUGAAGACCCGAACUACUUCCUGUCGCGACGGACGUGGGAUCUGAUCACGAAGUUGGUGGCUUCGAAGGAGAAACGGUUCAAGAAUAUCCAUGAGAUUCACGCCCAUGACUAUUUUGCGGAGGUUGACUUCAACCGGCUGCGCGAGCAGCGUGCGCCGUUUGUACCCGAACUGGAUUCGGAGACGGACGCAGGCUACUUCGACGACUUUACCAGCGAAGCGGACAUGGCCAAGUACAAGGAGGUCCAUGACAAGCAACGCGCAUUGGAGGAAAUGGCAGAACGAGACGAGAAGAUGGGCAAGGGUCUAUUCGUUGGAUUUACAUUCAGGCAUCGAAAACCGGCAAUGGACGGAGGACGCAGCUCACCGCGGAAACCCAUUGCGACAGACGGGUCGUUCGGGACGAUGUUCUAA